AGCCCAGCAGUCCAUCCGUACCCCUGGCUGGCUGGGAAGUCCUAUUCUUCAGCCUGAGUUCUCGGAGAACCAAGGGCCAACUGAGAGACCCUGGGUGUCAUGCAGCCCACGUGAGGAGGGCACGCACCCUUGAGAGGCGGCCUGGCCCCUGGGGAGCACUGUGACCACAGAGUCCUUUCCCCGCCAGCCUCUGGAUCUGCAGUUGAGAAAACUGGCACGAAGGUCACCCAGCAAGGUCAUGGCAGCCUGAGGCUCCAUGUAACUGUGGACAGUGAGGACCAGUGGGGCAGGAAAACUUCCAAAGACCCUCAUCACCCUCCCCAACAAGGAUCGCAGGCGGGGCCCAGCUCUUCUCUCCGGUGCGGGUGGCCAUGGUGCGGAACGUGGACGACCUGGAUUUCCACGUGCCGUCGCAUGCGCAGGACAUGCUGGACGGCCUGCGGCGGCUGCGCUCACAGCCCAAGCUGGCCGAUGUCACGCUUCUGGUGGGCGGCCGGGAGCUGCCCUGCCACCGCGGCCUCCUGGCACUCAGCAGCCCCUACUUCCAUGCCAUGUUCGCGGGCGACUUUGCUGAGAGUUUCUCGGCGCGCGUGGAGCUGCAGGACGUGGAGCCCGGGGUGGUGGGGCAGCUGGUGGACUUUGUGUACACGGGCCGGCUGACGGUCACACAGGGCAAUGUGGAGGCGCUGACCCGCACGGCCGCCCGCCUGCACUUCCCCGCCGUGCAGAAGGUGUGCGGCCGCUACCUGCAGCAGCAGCUGGACGCCACCAACUGCCUGGGCAUCUGUGAGUUCGGGGAGCAGCAGGGGCUGCUGGGCGUGGCCGCCAAGGCCUGGGCCUUCCUGCGGGAGAACUUCGAGGCCGUGACCCAGGAGGACGAGUUCCUGCAGCUGCCCCAGGACCGGCUGGCUGCCUGUCUGGCCGGGGAGCUGCUGCAGGUGCAGCCGGAGCAGAGCCGGUUGGAGGCCCUGCUGCGCUGGGUACGCCAUGACCCACAAGCCCGGGCUGUCCACCUCCCCGAGCUGCUCCGCUUGGUGCGCCUGGACGCCGUGCCCAGACCCUGUGUGCAGCAGCUGCUGGCCACCGAGCCGCUGAUCCGGGAGUCGGAGGUGUGCCGCGUGGCCCUGUCGCAGGGCCACGAUGAGGCACAGCUGGCCCUCCCGCAGAAGCUGGAGGAGGUUCUGGUGGUGGUGGGUGGGCGGGCCUUGGAGGAGGACGAGGAGGGUGCCCAGGAGCCUGCCCCUCACCCCAGGAACUUCGCCUUCUACAACAGCAAGGCCCAGAGGUGGAUGGCGCUCCCGGACUUCCCCGACUACCACAAAUGGGGCUUCUCCCUCGCCGCGCUCAACAACACAGUCUACGUCACAGGUGGCUCCCGGGGCACGAAGACAGACACCUGGUCAACCACCCAGGCCUGGAGCUUCCCUCUGAAGGAGGCCACCUGGAAGCCAGUGGCCCCUAUGCUGAAGGCCCGCACCAACCACGCCAGCGCCGCACUCAAUGGGGAGAUCUAUGCCAUCGGCGGCACCACCCUGGACAUGGUGGAGGUGGAGAGCUAUGACCCCUACACGGACGUCUGGACCCCUGUCCGCCCCGCCCUCAAGUAUGUCAGCAACUUCUCGGCGGCUGGCUGCGGGGGCCGGCUGUACCUGGUGGGCUCCAGCGCCUGCAAGUACAACGCCCUGGCUCUCCAGUGUUACAACCCUGUCACAGACGUGUGGAGCGUGAUCGCCUCGCCCUUCCUCCCCAAGUACCUGUCCUCUCCGCGCUGUGCCGCACUGCAGGGAGCCCUCUACCUGGUCGGCGACAACACCAAGAAAGUCUACGUGUACGACCCCGGGGCCAACCUGUGGCAGAAGGUGCAGUCCCUGCACAGUUUGCAUGAGAACGGCGCGCUGGUGCCACUAGGUGACGCACUGUACGUGACCGGCGGCCGCUGGCAGGGCAUGGAUGGCGACUACCUUGUGGAGAUGGAGGCCUACGACCGUGGGCGUGAUGCCUGGACCCGCCACGGCUCCCUGCCCCGCCUCUGGCUCUACCACGGGGCCUCGACCGUCUUUCUGGACGUGUCCAAGUGGACCCAGCCCUUCAGCCCAGCCCAGGAGCACUGAGCAGCUCCUCGUCCCAUGGGGCCGGGCCUGGCUGCACCCUGACCCCGAGGGAUGCCCCCCUUUGGGGUUGGGCUUCCUUGUCCACUAAGUGCUGGUCUCAGGCCACCGGGGACAUCAGAGGACAUAGCCUCAGUCCCCGCAGCCACCGCACUAACU